AUGAUUUUAAGGCCUCAAAUGAUCGAGGGUACAGUCAAGCAUGUAAGGGAGGUUCAAGCUAAGAUACAAGCGACGCAAGAUCGCCAAAAGAACUACGCGGACUUGAAGCGUAGGGAGGAGGAAUUUGAGGGCGAUGACAAAGUAUUGUUAAAGGUGUCACCAAUUAAAGGUGUAAUGAGAUUUGGAAAGAAAGGAAAGCUUAGCCCAAAGUAUAUUGGUCCAUAUGAAUUAAGAAGGUAUAUCCCUGAUAAGUCACAUGUUCUACAACCCGAAACCAUUGAGUUAGAUCAAAGCUUAACUUAUGAGGAAAGACCUGUCAAGAUCCUUGACAGUAAAGUGUGUAGUACACGCAAUAAGGAAGUUAAGAUUGUUAAAGUGAUAUGGUCUAACCAAGAGCUUAGUAUGAGGAAGAAACUUGGGAAGCUGAGGAUGAGAUGA